GUUUCAGCCAAGUGCCCGAAGUCGCGAGUUUCUUUGACGUGGAAAAUCAACUCUCUCUUUCGCUUUCGAAUCACAGCCCGUCGCGCCAGGAAUGGAAGACGUUACUUACCUUCCUCAUUCGACUGCAAACGCAUGUAACGAGAUUAUUCGAAAAAACUAUAGUAGCGGAGAUCCUCCAAAUAUCUCGCGGUUUCGACAAAACAUUGGUUUCAUUAUUACCUCUAUUAACCACUAUGUUCAGUGUAGCGCUUCGCGUUCCGACUUCUCCGAACAAAAUACGAAGGGCUAUGAAAGGGCAGUCACUGGUAGUUGGAUCGGAUUUUUUCAAAGCGCUAACCCCGAGGAUAUCAUUGACACACUAUGUGACAUAAUGCCUAUAGGAGUUCAAUUUAUUCUUGGCAGACCAAAUCUUGCAUCGACCGACCUUUUGCAGCCUCCGAAAUACGAAGCCGCAGUUGAAUUAGGACUCGCAGGGGCGUAUCUUGAUGUUAUACCCUGCGGUGAUGGAACCCUUGGGUUGUAUGUCGGUUCCGGUUGCGGGCAAGGCGGUCUUUCCCGCCGUUUUAGAGACUACUUAUGCGAUAGUAGGAUAGAACUCAGCAAUUUGCAUCGCCACCAUGAAUUUGAAACCAGUGGCAUUCCUUCAUCCAGAUAAUUUGUCCCUUUCAUAGUGCAUACUAGCGGAGAGUGUGCUCAUGAUCUACUUGGGUAUAGUACGAAGA